AUGCUUCUCCCAACCAUUCCUCGCGCCGCCGCCCGCGCCGCCCUGCGCGCCAGCUCCACCACCACGAGCUCUGCAGCCCGCCUUCGCGCAACCGUUCCGGCCGCCAGCGCCGCCCUCCGCUUGCGCACUUCACCCAUUACUGCCAACAGCUUCCUCCUCCGCCGCAACCUCUCCAGCUCCCCGAACUCCCGCAGCAUCAUCCCCGACGCCGAGAACCCCGCGCCGAGGGAGACCGAAGCGUCUGAGUCUGUUGCCGGCGUCCAGCCCACCGAGCUCACUGAUGCCGAGUACCACGAGCAUGCCGACGGCUACCUCGAGGUUCUACAGCAGAAGCUGGAGGACAAGCAGGACGCGGGUGAAGGCGUGGAGGCGGAAUACUCGGCCGGCGUCCUCACCGUCGAUAAGCGAGGUGUCGGUACCUACGUGCUCAACAAGCAGCCGCCCAACAAGCAGAUCUGGCUGUCAUCGCCCAUCACUGGGCCCAAGAGGUUCGACUGGGUCGUUCGUGGCGAAUCAAUGCAUCAGAAAGCCGAUGGCGGCAUCGGCGAUUGGAUCUAUCUUCGCGAUGGCAGCUCGCUCACAGAGCUGAUCCGGAAGGAGUUGGGCGUUGAUGUUACUUCUGAAGGGGAGAUUCCUUAG